AUGUCCUACCCGAAUCGUUAUGGCCGUGGCAUGGCCGCAUCCUACGGCACCGUGCAGCUUCCCGUUGGUUGGCAGAUGGCGUACUCUGCAGAGGGAGACCCAUACUACAUUGAUCACAACACCCGCACGACGCACUGGCAGAUCCCUGCGGAGGUGCUGCAGCGAAUGAACCAAGGACAAAUGUAUCGUGGACGCGUUCGACGUGGCAUUGACCGUACCAAACUAAAGACAAAGAUGUGCAUGAAUAUCCAACGUGGUGGUGUUUGCAACUGGGGUGAUAACUGCGCCUUUGCCCAUAGCUCUGAGGAGCUCACCGCAGUUCCACACGUUGGAAACCACCGCGGGGGGGAUGGAACUUCUUACCGUAUGCGAGCGGCCGCCAGCAACAGCAAUAACUUAAGCGAUAAUAACAGCCCGAAUAACGGCAACAACACCCCUAAUUGCGCGGAGUUGCAGCCGCAGGAAAAACAGCCACAGCAGCAAGCCGUUCCACCACAGCCGCAGGCGACGCCUGUUCAGCAGCAGUGA